ACGGAGCUGAGUGAAAGACAGAGAAAGAAGGAGAAGCAGAGAGGGAGAGAGAGAGAGAGGGAGAGAGAGAGAGAAGUUGUACUUGUAGUUAGUUGUAGAAGUCACUCUCAUGAAAGUGAGGUGGAGUAGUGUGGAAAAGAUUGCAGAUUUGGCUCCUAAUCACGCCCAGUGUAUCACUGUAUCUAGGUGAAAGGGCAAAUGUAAAGUGAAACUUGUGCUUGGAAGGCAUCAUCAUCAUGGUGCCCCUGUUGGCACAAUAUUAGGUGAACACACCUCCCUCUCCAAGUCUCAUCUCAAGCUGAGCUAGAUAAAGGCCAUGGGAUGAUUAUUGAGUCGAGGAGUAGUAACCAUGCCGAACCAGUAUGAUGCAAGCCUUCAAGAGGGCAGUAAUGAAAAUGGAACGCGAGCGAGUGUGCCAAAAACAAUAAUCUCCCUCAAUGCCUUUGACGAGAAAUCGGACCUGAACCAUUAUCCUGAUGGCAUCACGGAUCUCUCGGAAAACUUGGGGCCUGGUGGCGAUGGGUCCGAUUGCCUCCAGGUUCGCUCCCCUGUGGCCAGAACCAUCAGCAAUCGAUCCUCGACCCAACCUGGAGUUCCUGGGGCACCCGGACAUCCAGUCAAGGGCAAGAAGAUCGGGCAUCGCCGGGUCAAGCGGGAGGGACCCGUUCAAGUGGUGACGUACAAGCGCUUUGAGACCGGUCAACUCAUGGGAUCUGUUCAAUUGGGACUGCAUCAGUCCAUUGGAUCUCUGGCCAAGCAAGAGGACCGGGACCUGCUCAUGAAGGACUUCCUCCCAAUUGUGACCGUGUCGUUCACCAAAGAUGGGGUCCUGGAAAAGACCCCCGCUCACAACUACUCCGAGUUCCGGUUCCGUUCCUACGCUCCAUUUGCAUUCAAGAAGUUCAGGCAGAUCUUUGAAAUCGAGGAGAGAGAUUUCUUGGUCUCGCUGUGCUCGGAGCCCAUGUUUGAGCUCUCGAAUCCUGGAGCUUCCGGCUCAAUCUUUUACAUCACUUUGGAUGACAAGUUCAUCUGCAAGACCGUGCAACACAAAGAGGCGGAUUUCCUGAGGGAGCUCCUCCCCGGCUACUCAAUGAAUCUCAAGCAAAAUCCACGGACGCUCUUGCCCAAGUUCUUUGGAUUGUACUGCUACAGCGUCAACGCCAAAAAUGUUCGCAUCAUCAUAAUGAAUAAUCUGCUACCCAGUGAUCUGAAGAUGCAUCAUCGCUUCGAUUUGAAAGGCUCCACAUACAAGAGGAAGGCCUCCCGAACGGAACGUGCCAAGGGCUCGCCGACCUUUAAGGACCUCGAUUUUCUCGAGAUGUACCCUGAAGGCAUUCUUCUACAGCCUGAGCUCUACGACAACCUCAUGAACUCGAUUGAACGCGACUGUCGCGUGUUAGAGUCGUUCAAAAUCAUGGAUUACUCGUUGCUGAUUGGUAUCCACAACCUUGACAUGGCGGCCAAAGAGGAAGGAGGGGAAGGUCUGGGCGGAGCGGGGAGCGAGAACACCAGUUUAUGUGGUUCAGACGUUCGGGGUGGGAUCCCACCCCUGCAGAACCAGCAGUCUAUGCUGGAACGUCAGGGAUCCAUUGUGAUGCGGGAUCGACCGAUAGCCCAUACAACUGCCUUGGAGUCGAUCACCAUGGAGGUCGACCCCUCGGAUGACGAGUUCAUCGACGAGACGGACGUCGGACCCGAAGUGAAGAACGUUUGGGGCGGUAUUCCGGCCAAAAACCACCGAGGGGACAACCUGCUCCUGUUCAUUGGGAUCAUUGAUAUCCUUCAGUCGUAUCGUUUGCUGAAAAAGGCGGAGCACUACUGGAAGUCACUCUUCCAUGAUGGGGAUACGGUGUCAGUCCAUCGACCUUCAUUCUACGCCAAGCGGUUCCAAACCUUCAUUGGGGAAAAGGUGUUCAGGAAAAUGCCCUCCAACCUCAAGCCCACCUUGUCCUUCCGACGGUCCAACUAUAGAAGGACCCUCUCGAAGGACAUUGAACGCUUUGAUGGCAUGCCAAACGUGGGCUCGCCGAACAAUGCUGCCAUUAGUGCUCAGUCGCCUGGAAGUCAAAACAAUUCCAACAUCAUCCCGGACCCCGCGCAGAGUUCUUCCAACCAAGACAACACGGUCACGGUGAUCAAGAUCGGGGAUGAGGUGAAUUUGCCCUCCAUCCUCCAGGAUAGAAGGAAACAAUCACCUCCAACCCAUCGACGCGAUUCCAAAGUGGCCUCCAACCAACAACACUUGUCCAAGACCCCUCAAAACCGAGCUGAAGGCCAAAGGAGGAGCUCCAAUGCGGCUGCAAGCACCGUCAACAACGCCUUGCCUCAUCAGAAUUACGGAUCCUCGCUCUCACCCACACCAUCGCCAGGAAUGAUCAGAACGCCAGGUGACGACCGUCUGGAGACCGGGAGCAUCAUCACAAUGACAAGCGAUGAGCGCGUACAAAUCUACGUGCCUUCUCCUCAAACCACGCCAUACAACACCAUCACAAAGAAUCACCAGGAAUCCACUCAAAUCGUCAAGAAGGUCCCGUGGGGUCGGGACGAUGCCACUCCCCCGCCAUUCACCCAUCGGACCGUGACCGCCGAGUCCAGCUCCUAUCGGUCCAUCACCCCCCUGAACAGUGCCACGGGUUCGAGUCGCUUCCAGUCCCGUUUGGUCUCCUCGAGCAUGGAGACGAGCAACAGCACCAGAGUGGUGACCGAGGAGACCUCGGUGGACAUGGUUAAGAUCAGCAUUAGUUCGAGCUCCACCGCUGACGGCCAAGAUCUGAGCACGGCCAAGAGUGGCCGUCACCUGACCUCGAGCUCCUCAGAACACCGCACUCUCAUGGACGAUCUUCCGAGCUUACCUGCGGAUGAAUCCAGCGAACAUCCUCAAUAUUCCAACCACCAGCCUCACGCCACCAAAGAGCCUCUAAGUUUGUCAGAUAUCCUCUUGGAGGUGGACAGCAGCCGUCUGAAUCGGGACAACUCCGUUGACCAGAAUUGAGAAUCUCCACCCACGCAUAUGACUUGUUCGCAUCCCGGUGUGAUUAUGGACGUGCCAGGAUGCUCAGGAUUCGGUGUUUCCUGUCUGGGGAGGUGUGCUGCCAUCAUCACACUCUUCAUAUCUUGUUGCUUGCUCCUCCUCUAUCUUUCCCCUCUAUGUCUGUGAUCUGCUGCUGAUGCUAUUACUUCUACUACAACUACUACAACAACAACUACUGACUUUUGUUCAUUCUAUAUUGGGCAUAUCAAACAAACUAGAACGAUUUUCACCCUCUUGCUGUCUCUCAACUUCCUCAGAAGCAUCUUGAUAGUGAAACAAAGAGAUCGGAACGUAGUCUUCUCUGUGAGUGUUUCCAGUUAAUUUUGAGUUUGUGAGUUAUCCUUUGACUAACAUCAUGGUUUUGAAUACCAAGAUUAAUCCCCCAAUUUGUCUUAGUUCCCAUUUGUUUACUUUAUGUACCUGAGAAGUCGUCUCAUGCUAGUUAAGCAAUAAAAGUCUAUCAUUUCUUGA